AUGUCACAAUAUUUGAAAUAUAACCCGCGUAUUUGCAUUUUAGUGGUUUCUAUCAGGUGUAGUUGUGUUACAUUUUCUUCACAUUUUCCCGUCGUACGCGAACACUUGCGCACUAAGGGCCUUUCACCCAUCGAUUUAUUUAUUUCAAGGUAGAAAAUAAAUCGGAGGAGAACGUGCCCGAUCUAAAGCCGAACCCCUAAUAGUGUAUUUAAUGUAGGUUUUUUCUUAUCAGAGAGUAUUUCCUGUGCGGUUGACGAUCUUCAAUUCCAUCGAAUUCAUUCAGUUUAUACGAAUAAAUCAUGAACGCUAGACACGAAAAAUUAAUUGCUCAGGUGAAGAAGGAAGUCAAGCAGGUUAUGGAAGAAAGUGUUACGAGAAAAUUUGUGCAUGAAGAGUCUGGAUCUGUAACAUCUCUGUGUGCUGCUGUGGAGGCAUGUCUUUCCCAAGGUUUGAAGCGACGUGCACUAGGCCUAUUCAAAACUUCCUCGACCACCGCGCUCCUACAUAAGAUAGCCAAGAAUUGCCAACAUGCCGCCAUAAUCUCCAAGAAAGUGCAAGACAUAGAGAACCUCGAUCCCAACAGAAGGUCAUCGAGCAGUAGUGACAGCCUUACGAAACCCCUAUUCCAGAAGAGUCAGACAGUCACAUCACCUCCCACACCCGCCUUACCGAAGUACCUUUGGAUCCGUCUUGCCCUGUUCGACAAGCAGUUGACCAGGAUCAUAGACUUCUUGGUGUCGAACGCGAACAGCUUCUACGAUAAGGACGCUCUCGUUGUCGACCCUCACUAUGGUAGUACCCUUAGUUCCCUUCUUCUGGGGCCCUGUGCUUUAGAUUAUUCUAGAACGAAAACAGCGGACCAUUUUUGGACAGAUCCACCUGCCGAUGAACUGGUACAGAGGCACAGGAUUUCCAGUGCUCACUCGACUCCUCCUCCAGUCCGUAGACCAAUCCUCAACUUCAGACGAUCCCUCAACACAAGCUCAGAAGACGCAGGAUCCAACAGGAACUCUUCCCAAUACUUUGCCAAAGACUACGUUGAAUCCUUACAUCAGAAUUCCAGAGCCACACUGUUAUAUGGUAAAAACAAUGUGAAAGUUCUACCGGCUAACUCUGACGUUACAUCUCCGAUGUUGGGAUAUCUCAGUCUGCAUCAGACACCGACGGGUUUGAUCAUAAAAUGGACACCGAAUCAAUUGAUGAACGGGUUCACCGAUGAGGUGCAAGACAAAAGCAUAUACUGGGACUACGCGCUUCAUGUCAAGCUAGAUGAAAUAGUCUAUGUACAUUGUCACCAAGACAGUGAGACAGAAGGGACAGUCAUCUUGGUGGGGCAAGACGGUGUGCAGCGGCCUCCUAUACAUUUCCCUAAAGGAGAUCAUAUGCUAGCUUUUCUGAGUUGUAUAGAAACAGGCCUGCUUCCAAGAGGUCGUUUGGAUCCUCCUCUGUGGACACAGAGAUCUGGGGCGAUGAAAAAGCGGAGGAGACCCUUGACCACACUUUCUGAACAAGAGGAAACGAAUAAGGAUUAUGUCUUUAGAAUAAUCGAUAAUACAGACAAAGAACUACUUACCUCAAAACGCAACGAAUUACUAGACCCUAAUACUUCUUUCCCGCCCAAGACCAGAGUACAACUUGCCAGUACCAGCACGACUAGUUCAGAUAGUUCCACCAAGAGCUUCAGCAUGGACCAAAACGCCCCAGAUAGUCCUCCCACAGUCUGUAUACAAGCUGUUUGUGAUUCCAUGAGAAGACAGAUUAUUUCUAGGGCCUUCUACGGGUGGUUGGCCUAUUGCAGACAUCUUUCCACGGUCAGAAGGCACCUCAGUGGAUUGGUUAACGCUAAGAUUGUCUUGGGGAAUGAAAUAACAGAAGGUAUCACACAACAAAAAUGGGCUCAAUUAUGUCCCGAAGGAGUAGUUGCUGAUAGCUCUGAGGUAUUCAGACUAACUUACUUUGGAGGUGUUGAUCAGGAGUUGAGAAGAGACAUAUGGCCUUACCUUUUGGGUCACUUCAAAUUUGGAUCGACAGAACAGCAAAGGAAUGAACUGAAUGAGGAAACGCGUCAGGCCUAUGAGAAUACAAUGUCAGAAUGGUUAGCAGUUGAAGCUAUUGUACGGCAGCGAGACAAGGAAAGUCAAGCCAACGCUAUAGCGAAAUUGAGUAGCGAGAGUAUGAGUGCUGAAGCCGGUCCCCCACCUCAGCUGCACAGAGAGUUGAGUAAUGACGUUUUCGAGGACUCAACUGACGACGAGUACGUAGGGGCAACUCCAAAGCAUAAAAGAAAACAAUCUGAUUUGGAACGAACUAAAAAAAAUACGAUUAAGUACGAAAGUGAUGAAGAUGUUGAAGAGAAAAAGGAUGACGCUCAGGAAAAAGAAGGGCGUAGCGAGUCACAGCAAGCAGAUGAUGCUGAAGAAGAUCUAGAAGCUAGGUAUAACGAGAUGAACUUGAGGAACAACACAGUAGAAUCGGAGUCUCAAGAGGCAAACCACGAAGACCUGAAAGACUUCAUACACAACGUGAUAGUUACUAAUCCCUCGGUCGAUAUAUCUAACUUUGGCUGUGAACAAGAAAGCCCAACAAGGGGCAUUACAAGUUUGGAGAGCGUUACCGAGGAGAACACCAGAAAUUCAUCCUUGGACACCUGCAUAGAGACCCACGGGUUAGCUUCUCCAGCCAGGUCAGCUUGCGUUUCACCUGCCAGUUCAAACGGCGGUGUUUACAGCCAAGAACUCUUAGAACAAUUCGGGUUGAAUCUCCACAGGAUAGAGAAAGACGUUCAACGCUGCGAUAGAAAUUAUUGGUAUUUUUCAGCCGACAAUUUGGAGAAUUUGGAUAAAUUGAGGAAUAUCAUGUGCACGUACGUAUGGGAGCACUUGGAUAUAGGCUACGUCCAAGGCAUGUGUGAUCUGGUUGCCCCCCUCUUGGUCGUGUUCAACGACGAGUCUCUCACCUACGCCUGUUUCUGCCAUCUGAUGGAGAGGAUGGUUGAGAACUUCCCCUGCGGUAACGCCAUGGACUCGCACUUCGCGAACAUGCGGUCUCUGAUCCAGAUCUUGGAUCCGGAGAUGUACGAGCUGAUGCACGCUCAAGGGGACUACACCCAUCUCUACUUCUGCUACCGCUGGUUCCUCCUCGAUUUCAAGAGGGAGCUGCUGUAUCCGGACGUGUACGCCUUCUGGGAGACCAUAUGGGCUGCACAGUACGUGGCGUCGUCGCACUUUGUGCUCUUCCUGGCCUUGGCCCUUCUGGAGACCUACCGUGAAAUCAUUCUAUCUAAUGGCAUGGAUUUCACGGAUAUAAUCAAAUUUUUCAACGAAAUGGCAGAAAGGCAUAAUUCCCAAUCCGUUCUCAAGAUGGCUAGGGAUCUAGUUCUGCAGCUGCAGCAACUGAUAGAAAAUAAGUGAAAAAAUUCAACGGCCUUCCAAUAGAGAAAACUAGAGCUGAAUCGCUGCAUGCAUCAAUAUCACACGUGAUCGCGAUAUAGGAAUGUUUUCAAGUGUAGUAAAAUUCUCAUGUUGAUGUACCUGAUUAGAAGAGACGAGAUAUAAGUGAUGAAGGAGUAAUGUAAAAUAUUUUCGUAUACUUGUACCAAUCUCAGCCUCAUUCAAUCUACAUACAUACCUUAUACGAUGGUUCUUCACAUAAUGGAAUUGGUUUUCGUUAAAAUCUCUCGGAUUCUAUUUCUAAAUAAUGAAGGAGUGCCGAAUACGAGUAUAGCUUAUAAAUGGAACAAAUAUUCAAUAUACCAUAACUAUAU